GCAAAGCGCCCUAGCCAGCGCACCUCUCUCGUACCGCUGCGGAGUGGACGGGAGCUGGUGUUUCUUGCACUUUUUCCUCGGAUUUACCUUCCAUUUCGCCAAGAUGAGACUUCUUUUUGUGUUUGCUGCGGUUGUGGGUCUUUUGACAGAAAACCUAGCGCUGCCGGUAGGAAAAGAAGGACAAAGAGAAGAUGUGGUGACACGAUGCUUGGUUGAAGUUCUCUCCAAAGCUCUAUCCAAACCGGACUCCCAACUGGAUCAGGACUGCAAGGACAUUAUCCAAGCAGGGGUUAAACAUGCCCCACUGGACAAGAAGAGCACUGAAGAAGUCAAAGGUCAACCCGAGGUGCCACAGGCAAAAGAAGCAGAUGUGAAGGACAUCGAGGCUCUCCUGAAAACAGUGGAAGAAAAAAGAGAAACCCCAGAAGAUGAGCGCAGCCAAGAAUCCUGGAGCUUUGGUGACGAGAAGGAGAAGAGACACGAGAACCAAGGGGAAGAAGAAGAAACAGAGCGAGAGAAGAGGAGCGGCUGGAGGCCCGGCAGGCAACACCAGAGGAAACACAAACGAGGAGAAGAAGAAGAAGAAGACCAAGAGCGCAGUCAGGAGAGUUGGGGGUUGGACAAAAGAUCAGAUGAUGAAGAAGAGGAGGACAAAGAGAAGAGGAACUGGAGGCCAGGAAGACACCACCAAAGGAAACACAAACGAGAUGAGGAAUCUUUAGGAGACGAGAGGGAGGAACCUGAGGAGGAGCGCAGCCAGGAGUCUUGGGGUCUCGACAAGAGGGAUGGAUAUGAGGACGAGGAGGAGACAGACAAGCACAAAUGGAACCCCUUACACCGUUACAUCUACACCAAGCUCACUAAACGUGGAGACGAAGGGGAGGAAGACGGCGAACGCAGCCAGGAGUCUUGGGGUCUUGACAAAAGAAACUGGAGAGCAGGAAGACACAGCCAGAGGAAACACAAGCGUGAUGAAGAGCUCUCAGAAGAAGCCAGGGAAGAGCCUGAAGAGGAGCGUAGCCAGGAAUCAUGGGGACUGGACAAAAGAGACUGGAGAGCAGGAAGACACAGCCAGAGGAGACACAAACGGGAUGAAGAACUCACUGAAGAAGCACCUGAGGAAGAACGCAGCCAGGAAUCAUGGGGACUGGACAAAAGAGACUGGAGAGCAGGCAGACACAGCCAGAGGAGACAUAAACGGGAUGAAGAACUUGCUGAAGAAGCACCUGAGGAAGAACGCAGCCAGGAGUCUUGGGGACUGGACAAAAGAGACUGGAGAGCAGGCAGACACAGCCAGAGGAGACACAAGCGUGAUGAAGAACUCGCUGAAGAAGCACCUGAGGAAGAACGCAGCCAGGAAUCAUGGGGACUGGACAAAAGAGACUGGAGAGCAGGCAGACACAGCCAGAGGAGACAUAAACGGGAUGAAGAACUCGCUGAAGAAGCACCUGAGGAAGAACGCAGCCAGGAGUCUUGGGGACUGGACAAAAGGAACUGGAGAGCAGGCAGACACAGUCAGAGGAGACACAAACGGGAUGAAGAACUCGCUGAAGAAGAACGCAGCCAGGAGUCUUGGGGACUGGACAAAAGAGACUGGAGAGCAGGAAGACACAGUCAGAGGAGACACAAACGGGAUGAAGAACUCACUGAAGACGCACCUGAGGAAGAACGCAGCCAGGAGUCUUGGGGACUGGACAAAAGGGACUGGAGAGCAGGCAGACACAGCCAGAGGAGACACAAGCGUGAUGAGGAUCUCUCUGAGGAAGCCCGUGAAGAGCCUGAUGAAGAGCGCAGCCAAGAAUACUGGGACUUUGAUACUGGAAGAGACAAAAGAGACUGGAGAGCAGGCAGACACCACCAGAGGAGACACAAACGUGACGAAGAGCUCUCAGAGGAAGCCAGAGAAGAGCCAGAUGAAGAGCGCAGCCAAGAAUACUGGGACUUUGAUACUGGAAGAGACAAGAGAGAGUGGAGGGCUGGCAGGCACCACCAGAGGAAGCACAAACGUGAUGAAGAGCUCUCAGAGGAAGCCAGGGAUGAGCCUGAAGAGGAGAGAAGCCAGGAAUACUGGGAUUUUGAUACUGGAAGAGACAAGAGAGAAUGGAGGGCUGGCAGACACCACCAGAGGAGACAUAAGCGUGGUGAGGAGCUCUCUGAAGAGGAGAGAGACGAACCAGAGGGAGAACGCAGCCAGGAGGACUGGGGCAUUGACAAAAGACACGGCCAAGAACAGGAAGAAGUGGACAAGAAUGGAGAAAAGGACAAAGAUGACGCUCUGAGGUAUCUGGCAGAAAAGCGCAACCCUUGGAUUUUCAGAAGUUUCUACCAUCCUGCCUGGUAUAAAAGGGAUUCAGAUGGGCAUGCUGCCACCUCAAACAAGAUGAAUGAACUGGCCAAGUUGCUGAGCUAUAAGAUAAAUGAGCUGUCCAACCACUCCAAUCAGGAGGAGGCAAAGAGGAGCACACAGCAGAAAGCACUCACUGCACAGGAGGAGAAAGAGCUGGAAAACCUUGCAGCGAUGGAUCUGGAGCUGCAGAAAAUUGCUGCAAAGUUGCAUGACAACAAUGCAUAAGUCAGCAUUUCAUUCCACCACCAGUGGUUAAACGCUGCUGUCUAACUGUAUGUCCACUAUCUAUGUGCUUACAGUGUUGAAAAAAGACAAAAAAUAAGACUAAGAACACUGGAGCCUUGCCAAAAACACUUUAUCAACCUGUUCAUCAUUGUAUUUGUGAUAUUUUGAUGUUAUCAAAUUAAUCCGCAUGGGAAUGAUUUUGAUGUUUGUAAAUAUACAGUAAGGGAAACUAAGAAAAUAAUAUAUAUAUAUAUAUAUAUGAGACAAAUUAUUCAAAAUAUUGUCUUCUUAGGAGUUUGUUCAGUUUGCACUCAAUAAAAGAAAUUAUUCUGGGACC